CAGCAAACAGUGACGCAGAGUCAGACAGUUUUUUUCUCCAUCUUUUGCAAAUAGCAAGCAUCUUCUUUCGUCACUUUUUCAAAGCGGAUUUUUUUUACACUAUGCCACGAAAGAAAGUGGGUUCUUUGAAGAGGAAAUGCCCCCAGCGCAUCGCACCUGACGCCAUGGACCUUUCGAACGAAGAUGAAGAACAUCAGGGUAAAGAUGUCAACAGUGACCUUUCUAUUGAUGCAGUGGCACCUCCAGAAGCAGGGCAAUUUGGUGAGUCUUCCUCCUUGGAGGAAAAAGACAAGCUGAAGGUCAUGGCCCAAGAAAUAAAGGCACUUGAAGAGGAACGAGAUUUUCUCCGUCAGACUGUCCUAAAACUCUCAAAGAGAGGAACAAAAAAGGAAGCAAAGAAAAACUUGGAUACAAGCACCGAUUGCACCACCAGUGACACUGAUGAGGAGUCCCUGAGUUCUUCCUCUUCAGAUUCAUCUAAUAGUGACAUUCCUCGGAAGAGGAGAAGAGGUCAUAAAAAGAAGACAAAGCGGGCUAGCAAGCCAAAAUCUACCAAGCACAGCUCACGUGCAACAACCCCAGAUGAUGUACUCAAGCGGUACAAUAGAGUUUUUCAUGCCUUCAAGAAAGAAGGGAGCAUCAGUAAGGCAUGCACCAAAGUUGGAGUUGACCGAAAUACACUUGCAUUAACAGCUGUUCUUGCUGAAAUACAGCUUGUUGAUCCAGAGUUUUAUCGAAGCAUCCCGAAAUUUAAAGCCAAGGAGGAGAAACUCUGCGACUUUGCAAAACGGUGCCUGCAGUCACUGACAGCAGACCUGAGGUCUACCAUAGAAAAUGCCAAAAGAGAGCGUAAACUGCUGCCGAUAACAUAUAAGUUGAGAUAAAAACAUGCAACCUCCAAGCUGCUUUAUCAUGCUUAGAUGUUUUUGUAUGAGGUAUAUUUUAUAAUUUAUGUGUAAUUCAUUUAACAUUUCUUGCUCCACUGCCAUUUCACUUAUAACUGUUUUGAUUUAAUUACUGAGGUACAAAUUAGUAAUAACAUGAGUAUAAAAACAUUUUGGUGGUUUCCAACAAAAUCAGUAUUACAUAAUUAGUUUCACAGUGGCAGAAUUAUUCUUUUUAGAUUUUUCUAUUUUUGUUAUAAGCAGUCUAAUGGACCUCAUGCUGUUCUAGUGUUAACCCUGCAGCAG